CUGGUGUUCGCGCACUACUUUUAUCUUGUUAUGACUGUCGUCUAAUCAUACAAAGAAAAAGGACAAAAAUUACAGCUUCCUAGCAGAAAGUGUAUCAAACAGGAAUGAAUUUGCCAAAAAAUAGGUCAACGUACUUAAGAAUAACGCUAAAUAAUUAAAAAAAGCAUGGCACGGAGCAGCGACACGUUCUAGACACAAGGGUAAGGAUAUUCCAAGGAUAAUUUAACAGAAGGAAUGGAUUCGCACAACAAAAAUCGAUAACGAGAGGAACCAUCAAUGAAAGCUCGUUGUAUGAAGCUGCCAAAAAAAAACUCAGAAAAAUGAAACGCCAAAAUAUCAGGACACUUUCGCUGGUCGUCUGUACCUUCACCUAUCUGCUAAUCGGGGCAGCCGUAUUCGAUGCCCUGGAGUCGGAAACCGAAGCCCGGCGGUGGGAGUUUCUCAAAAAUGUCAAAGCAAAUUUCGUGGCCAAAUACAACAUAACACCCGAAGACUAUCACAUGAUUGAAAUCGUCAUCACCGAAAAUAAACCGCACAAAGCAGGACCCCAAUGGAAAUUUGCGGGGGCGUUCUAUUUUGCAACCGUUGUGUUGGCCAUGAUCGGUUACGGCCAUUCGACCCCGGUAACCAUCGGCGGUAAAGCGUUUUGUAUGGCCUACGCGAUGGUUGGAAUCCCGCUAGGACUCGUAAUGUUCCAGAGUAUCGGAGAGCGUUUGAACAAAUUCGCAUCGGUUGUGAUUCGGCGAGCGAAGAGAUACCUGCGCUGUCAGCAAACCGAGGCAACGGAAAUGAACCUCAUGCUGGCCACUGGGAUGUUAUCGACCAUCAUAAUAACUACGGGUGCAGCAGUGUUCUCCAAAUAUGAGGGCUGGUCGUAUUUUGAUAGUUUCUACUAUUGUUUCGUAACGUUAACGACCAUCGGAUUUGGAGACUACGUCGCUCUUCAGAAUGACCAGGCUUUGAUUAAUAAACCAGGCUAUGUUGCACUUAGCUUGGUUUUUAUUCUGUUUGGACUUGCCGUCGUAGCCGCUAGUAUCAACCUGCUAGUGCUGCGGUUCAUGACUAUGCAAGCGGAAGAUAUCCGACGGGAUGAGGCUGAAAUGCAAAUGUCUACAGACGGGCUGAACUACGAGUGUAGUUCUACGGGUAAGCUGCUGUCCAGCAAUAACAUCAAUCAUUUCUCCGAGAUAGACGAUGACGAAACAUCGGUCUGUUCUUGUACCUGUCUGGGUGGAAACAGUUUUACGACACACGAGAAUGAGUUUCUGCUAGAUCAGGGUUAUCACCCUGCCGAUAUCAUAACCAGCUCGAUCAGCUUGAAACGAAUGUCGAUUUAGAUAAUUGAAUCGGUUUGGUAGUGGAAACGGAUUAAUAAAACAGAAUUUGCCAAAAAGCUUUUCGAAGUCUUCUGUUAGACCCUUAUUCAAUAUAAGUUUAUUAGGCCUAUUACUUAGCUUAGCUUAGCUUGUUUGACUACUCAUAUCCACCUUAAAUCAUUUAACUCGAAAUGCUAUUUAAUUGUUUCAGAGGAUGGUAAUGCUAUUUAAUUACGUACUUCAAAAAAAAGAUGACUUUCUUGUUAUUUUUUAACAAUUUAUGCGCAUUUCGAAUUCCAUGAUCGUUGGCGUGGCUAAGCAGAACAAGUUCCUCGUCGCCAAUGGUUGCUACUCCGUGAUUAAUCGAGGCCAACAAUUUUGCACAAAAUCCAAAAGAAUGGUGCUUGGGAUUAGCAGUUCAUUCUCAAUGUACAAAACUCAUGCUCUCCGUUUUUUAAAUGAUUAAUAACGGCGCCGGCCACGUCCUAGUAGUCAAUGGGGGAAAAGGAAGGAAUGUUAGUUUGAUACUCUUUAGGUUCAACUAGCAACUUCAUGCUCCUGCAUACUCCAAAAAUAAUUUUGAAAUAGUCAGAACCAGAAACAAGUGAGUAUCACCAACUAUGGAAACCGUCUGUACGUCUGCGAAUCUAUAUUCAAGUAUCAAAGGAAGGGGUUGUGUUAGUUGGAAAAAGGUAAAGAUCAGGAUCCAUUUUGGUCAAUGGUGCGAUCGUAUUUUCCUACACCUUCUAUGCUCCUAGGCAUUUCAUAAGGAAACUCCUACUUCUACGAGGCAUUCGAUAAACGUUAAAUAAAUAUAUAUUGAGUUAAGUAUUGAAAGAAAAUUAUUAUCAUCCACAUUUCAUCCCUUUCAAACUAGCUUUUUUUCCCUAACAGCGAUCCCUGUUAAAUCGAAGAAUUAUCAAAAGGCUUUUAUGGUUGAAAAAAAAAACAAUAUUUUGAAUUGAAUGUAUUUUUCAUAGUAUGCGACAAAAACUUCUCAAACUAUUUUUCGUGAUUAAUACCAUUUUGAAAAUUCUUCAAUUCUUUCCUCUCUUUGCCUCUUUUUGAGCUUCAUUGCAUGUAAUGUUCAAAUUUUUGUUGAUAGUAAAUUAUUUCAAAAUAAAAAGUAUGCAUCAUGGAUCAACUUAGAGAAGCCUUAUUUUAAAAACUUCAAUUUGAUACUGAGGUAUCAACAAUGUCAGUUUGAAAUAAAAGCAGGAAAUCUUUAAGAUACACUUAAUUUAAAUACGAAUGUUGCAUUGUUUCAAAAAUAAAACUGAAAAGUCAAACAGCAAUAAAAAACAAAAGUGAAAAAUGGAACGGGCUCACCAAAAAUGUUAUAAAAGGUGCUAAAUGUUGAUCUGAAAGUCCUCCUGGAAACACUGGUCCUUGAAUCCACGAAUGAGUUCACUUUUUGAAGCUCCGAAGGUGAUGGUGGUCACUGAGCUGGUUCCAUCCGUCUAGAUUCAAUCUUCCGGAUUUUAAAAAUUGUUAGCACUUUGUCAGUUAAGCUUAGCAGGCCACCAGAAAAAAACCACUCCCACCGGGCGCUGGAAUUUGAGUUUUUUUUCUCUCCUACCACAUGUUUCUUCCUGUCACAAAACGCACAAUCAGGGAACUUUUCAAUAAUAAGUGGAAAGUUUCCCUUUUUAUCACUAUUUGAAAAGAAAUUUAACUGGAUCCGCGAUUCAAAUCGACUGAAAUUCGUAUAUUUUUCACAAUUGCAGAACGUGCAUUUUUUCUCAGAAUCCAGUAGCUGUAGUCAUAGCUGUGAACCGUAUAAGAAUAUAUUCAUAUUGAACAAAAAGGCCGAUCAAAACUCGAUUGAUGUAAGAGAAUUCACUGCAACUUAUUGAAACUUGGUCAUGAAGGUAAUGAAAAAAUAUAUUUCGAGGAAUCACGAAGCAAAACGCGACCACGGAAAAACAUGCGACCGUACUCGAGCAAGGCCAACUUAGCUCCUCUAUAAGUUUAUUAGGCCUAUUACUUAAUACAAAGUUUAUCUGGCCGAUGGUCAAUUUUAUUACAUCUAUUUCUUAAAACUAAGGUUGGGUUUUUUGGGUUUAGGGAAUGGGAAAGGGUUGGGUUUAAUUGGAAGCUUCUUAUCAUGCGAGACAGUGGCUGAGUUACACUGACUCGCAUAAGUGAAGAUGGGGGUUUCUUUAUUUUUGCUCUGAUCACAAUUCACUUCCAUCUCUGGAUCGGAGGAAGAGCAGCUGGGUUGGGGAUCAUUCUUUUUUUUAGGUGGAGAGUCCGAUUGCACGUUCGCACUGGGUUGUUCGUUUGGUGGUGAUACAUUCGGUUUUUGGUGACUUCGUUUGAUAUUCAGGUUGAGUUGAUGUUGCUGUUGUUGAGCUUUAUUCGGAUCGGUGCUGGAAGACUUCGGUUUUGGUUGGUUAUCCAUUAUAGGACGUGAUUGCAAUUUUGCUACGCUUGCGUAACUGAUGUUGUUAUUGCUGGUGGUGAUCGAUGAUAUUUUUUUUCGGGCUUCGGUCAGUGGUAUAUUUUGAUCGGUGGCGAGUUUAAGCGAGGCGACUUCGGUUUUCCAGAUCGAACAGCUUCGGUCAACUGGACUGUGGCUUCCUUUGCAGUUGGAGCAAAAUGGAUCGUUUUUACAUGUUGCGCUUUCGUGUUGACCGGAACAUUUGAUACACGAGAUUUGGUUUGUGCAUUUGGCCUUGGGAUGACCAUAUUGGAGGCAUUUUCGGCAAAACAUUGGUAACGGAUAGUACACUCGGGUUCUUAACCGCAGUAAACCGAAAUCAAUAUAUUCGGGCACGACGGUACUGUUCACAGUUAGAAUAAACGUCGAUGUUCCAACGAUUCCAUUUGGUGAUUUUUUUGUUAUUCUAUGAACAUUUGUUAUAUUCUGUGGCACAAGUUCUGCGAGGAUCUCUUCAUUUUUCAUUUCUCCGACUUCAUUACACUGCACUACGAAUUUUCGUGUGUUUAAAUUUGGAUGAAGACCAACUUCGACGGGAGUUCCAUCUAUUAAAUUGGUAAUUUUUUCGAGUUUUUUCACUUGUUCUUCAGAUCGCACUUUCAACACGUACCAUUGUUUUUUGCUAUCAUAAUAGCCACUCUCAACUUUACCGGCAUAUUUUUCCACUGAUUUUCCGAUUGUAAAAGGGUUCUUAGGAAGACUACUGCCAUUUGUUCCUCGAAGGAACAUGUAAUAUAAACGACCGAACAGUUUAUUUCGGUCCAUCCAAACAGGGAUUAACCUAUCUGGAUGAUCACCGGGAGAUGGGCUCAUGGCCACGCACUUGUUCUUUUCACCGCACCAAUACUAAACAAUAGCCUUUUAUCACGAGGUGAGCAAAACUCGACCGAACUCGAUCAAGGCUGAGGAGGAACUCUGUUAGACCCUUAGAUAAAUUCAAAAAAAAAAACUAGAAACAUUUUCCAAAACAUCAAACUACUUAUAAAAUACUUUUACACUGAAUACGACACUUGAACCCAGGAUUUAGUUUUCUGCCAUAUCUUAACUGGUGUUGAAAUAGAGUUGUAAAUUAAUCAUUCAUUAAAUUCAAUAAGUAGAAUUUAAUAACAUCACAGAGAACAUAUUAUGACUGAUAUUUUUUUUGAUGACAUUGUCCACUUUAAAGCUCCCAUCAAUAUUAACAUAAAAUUUAGGAUAAUUUCUUUCUGGAAGUAAUUAAAUAAAUGCAACACAUUUUUCCUGUUAGUGCUACUUAUGAAUGCUUUAUUUCAACAUCGUUCAGCACAUUGAACAUCAUAGAAGCACAAAUGAAAACAUGAAUUAGUCGCAAUGUUCAAAUUUUCAUAAUCUUCAAUAGAUAAGUUUUCUAAUUGGGGCACCUAUAUCAGAAAACGUGCGUUUUUCUGCUAAACAGGCUUUUUCAAUUUUCUACUUACUCUGGGUUGUCCGAAUGUUAAUUAUAUUUUAUGAGUCUUAUUCAACCUAGAUGUUGCCCUCUAGUUUAUUGUUAUUGGUUUAAUUAAUGACGGAUCGAAUUAAUAAAUACAUAGGUAAAAACAUACUACCGGGUUAAUCACUUAAAAUUUGCAUCACACCCGACUAUACAAUUUUGAAAAUAAAAUGAUAAUUUCAAAAAAAAAAUCUGUAGUAAUAAAUUUAUGUUAGGUACAAUUAAAUUGAAUAAAAGUAAAACCUGUUAUAGAUGGAGAAAUGUUUCAAAAACUUUUCCUCUUUUACACCACAGUGUAAUUUUUGAAUAAAGAAUAGUACAGUUCAACAUUGUGUGGAUCCAAUAGUAGUACAAUAUAAUCAAAAGAAACGUGCUUAAUUUUCUAGAACCUCUACUCUACUGUUUCAUUAUUUUAAUUUAUAAUGGCUGUCGGAGACAGUGUAGCUUGUUCAGAAAAUUUUACAAUGUUCGUAUAUUUAAAACUUCUAAAAUAAACCACAGUACAAGUUUCAUUUAUAUCAGUGCUAAGUGCUUAUUCGCAUUUGUUUGUAGACAUUCUUUCAACCGAAAGCCGUUUAAUCAUCUGUGAAUAGAGAUUGGUUCAGUGGUUUUUUUCUCAUACUUAGGUAAUUGGAAAGCAACGGUUACAGCUAACGACUAAACUUAGUAUCACGGUUUAAAACGUAAAAU